UUUUCUCUCCUCCAUUAUAGUGUCAGUUCACACUUUUGGUGCAAUUGAUCUUGAGUUGAAGAUGUAAGUUCAACAAAAUGGAUUCUCCUACUACUACUCCUCUUCUCUCCUCAGAACAAACUACAUUAAUGGAUAAACUAAAAGAAACCAUCUUCAAACUUGCUAAUGUUGAUCCAAACAGACCGUUGUCUCCUUCUCAAAUUUCCCUCAUCCAACAACGUCUCGUCUUCGCCUUCUCUGUUCUUCACACUCCCACUCACCCCACUUAUUCCGUGAUGAUACAAAGUGCGAUUAAAGAGUUGAAGGAGGAAGAUGGAUCAAAUGAGGAGAAAAUUUCAGAGUAUAUAAAGGAAAAUUAUGAUGAUUUACCAUGGGCUCAUGAUGCAUAUCUAAGCCAUCAUUUGAGUAAACUUUGUGAAUAUGGUGAAAUAGAAAUUGUGUGUACUUCUUCUGCUUGUAAACGAUAUGUAACAUCGGCACGUGGCGUAAUCCAAGAGCAUAAUGUAGGGAAGAGAAAGCCUAGGCGAAGAUUGGCAAGGAAUAGAAAAGAGGGUGUGAUUCAGGAUGAUAAGGAGAGGAAGUCAGUUGGAGAGAACGUUGUUAAAGUGUGUGAAAAUGUGAUUGAGUUUGAAGAGGAAGACAUUUCAGUGUUUGAGAGGAGUAGAGUGGAGCAGAGAAGACGGAGUUUGAUUGUCAUGGAAGACGAAGAUGAUGAAGUUGACGAAGCUGCUAUUGUUAUAGCAGAGGAGAAUGUUUAUAACAACAGCCAAGAGUUGGUGGUGGAGAAUGUUAGGCCUGAGGCUCCUGAGCUAGAUGUGGAAGAGCCGGCGAUGAAGUUCAAGGAAAGUGACCUUAUGAUUGUGCCUUAUGUGGGUAAUACUCUCGUAUCUGUUGGAGAAAGUGGUGGAAGGAAUCCUGUGAUUGUUUGUGCUUUGGCGGAGCUACCGAAAAUGAAACAACAGGUGUGUCAGAAUAUCCCAAAAAAGAGAUUGAAAGUUCGCCAAGAAAAAUGGGAAGUGUCGCUGGAGACAAUGCUAUCUUUGCCAGCUAAAGAUGUGGGUUGCAAUCGAGUCGAGCAAGACCAGCAACAUGAGCUUUUGUCUCAGAGAGGUGUUGAGACUGAGGUUAGUGCCGGGCUAGGGAGUGAGAUGGUGCCACCAUGGUUGACACCAAUGUUGAAGGGGAAUUACUUCAUCCCCUGCUCACUUCAUGCAGAUUUAAGCAAGAGUGAAUGUAAAAUGUUCUGUUUAGAUUGCAUGGGAGACGCCUUUUGUGCUAAUUGUUUGUCCCAUCACAAUGAGAGUCAUCGUGUUGUUCAGAUAAGAAGGUCAUCAUACCACAAUGUGGUGAGAGUGAAUGAGAUACAAAGGCACCUGGAUAUAUCGUCAGUACAGACGUACAUCAUUAACAGUGCAAAAAUUGUGUUCCUUAAUGCACGCCCUCAGCCAGGGUCUGGUAGGAACAUUGCCAAAACCUGCGAAAGUUGUAAUCGCAGCCUCCUUGAUUCCUCCAGAUUCUGUUCUCUCGCUUGCAAGCUUUGUGCAACACUGCUGAGGUCUUCCAAGUUUAAAAUGCCUGUUGAUCAAAAUCAACAAACAUGUAAAUCAUCUUUCAUUGAAGAUGAAAUGUUGGAAACACAGAAACACUUGGAACCCUCAUACCCUAGUAUCUUGGAAGAUCUUAUGUCAAUGGACGACGAAGAAAAUUUACCCCUUCAAAAGGUGUUGGAGAAAUGUGGUAAGCAAAAAAAACACGCAGAGAAAAAAUUUACAUCCAAGGCUCCUUUACCCCAAGAAACACAAAGGCAUAAUGAUGUUCAGCUUGAAGCACCUAUGACUGCAGUAGUAGAGGGAAAUUGUGAGCAGGAGAUCAAGGUUGAUGCAGUUGCUUCAUUAUAUCAGCAGCAAGAAUUGCUCUCCAAACCUGCAGCUGACUCGAUCUUGAAGCAGAAAAACAAACCGCUGAAAAAAGAUGGCCAGGGAAGGCCUCGGAAAGCAAUGAAGAAACUGUCUAAUGCAGCAACUGGUCAGAAAAGUAGCCGAGGAAGGCCUAGGAAACAAAAGGAAACAAUUACGGAAGAUGCAAUGGCUGAUCCGAGAUUGGAACUUCUGCAAGUGGAGCUGUAUAAGCCAGCAAUUAAUGAUCAGCAAACUCAGGUGCAAAUCAAAAAAACGAAGAAAGAUCGCGGAGGAAAGCCAUUGAAGCUUAUAGAAGCUACCAAGGAAGGUAAACAAGCUUCGUUGGACUUGUAUUUGCAGUCGCAAGAAGGUUUGUCUGAAUUAGUCAAUCAGUGUUCUGCCCAGCUGCCCGAAAAUGAUGGCCGAGGAAGCCGACGGAAACUAAUCGAAGCAACCAAGGAUGAUGCAGAAGCUUUUAUAGAUAUGCAUCUACAGAUCCAAGAAGGGCCGUUUAAAUCGUCAACUGAUCGAAGGACACCACGGAAACAAGCAGAAGCAACCACAGAAUAUGCAGCAGGUUGUUCAAAUUUGCAUACUUAUCAACAAGAAGAAUCAUCUGAGCCAUCAACUAAUCUGCAUUCUCAAGAGCAAAGUAAGCGGGUGAAAAAAGGCCGAGGAAGGCCAAGGAAACAAACAGAAGUGGCAGAUUCUACAGCUUCCUCUAAACUAGCACCGCACCAACAUCCUCUGCUGCAGUUCAAAAACCACAAAAACAAACUGCUCAAAAAGGAUGGUCAAGGAAGCCCAAGGAAAGUACAAGAAGAAUGUAAGAAAGAUUCAGAAGGUUCAGCAAAUUUGCACCUUCAAAAUUACAAGCAAGAAGUUAACAAAGAUGAUUCAGAAGCUCCAUUAUACCUGCCUCAUAUGGCAGAAGAAACGGAGUGUAAAGUGGAUUGUCCUGAUGCUGAACAUGAGAAAUCCCAAAAUGAAGUUCAGAGGAUUCCUGAAACAGGACAAGUAAUGCCACCCUUGUGUGAUUAUAUUUAUCAAUGCGCUGAGAAGCAAAAAUUAGAUGGUGGUGGCCAGCUCCCUGAAGAAACAAAAUUGACCAACUCCUCAGAUAAUCAGCCUGAUCAGCAACGUGAAGUGAAACCGUACUCUCAGGAACAGGAGGUGAAAAAAGGAGAGUUCGAAGACCAAGCAAGGCCAACAUCAAAGUCAACGAAAUCAACAGAGAUGCAGGUUCCACUAUCCUCCAAAGAUCAGCUGCGCUCCAGAAUAAAACGCCAAGCUCAGGAUAGCACUUGAAGUCCACGUUACUUGGACUCGAGUACGUGUCCAACUGUUUGACCUGGCUAUUAUAUGAAAUUUUUUGCUCUAAAUGAAGUUGCAAAGGAUCCACAGCCAUGAUGGAGUGUCGAGGAUCUGAUAUGGGUACUUGAAGUAAAAUGAAUAGUUCGGUUAACAAUGCUUGAAAUACGAUCUAGGGGUGCAGCUAAACAACUUAAUUAAGUUGCAGAACAUACUGCAUCACUCAGUUCUGCAUAGCUAGAUUGCUGGAUUGUCUGUUUAGAUUAAUCAUUUGAAGCUAUCUAUUACUCUAUUUGGUAAUAACCUCUCAGCAAUAUUGUGCAGUCCACUUAUCCUUUGAGUUGUAUUUUAAAGUCGUGUUAUAGUUGCAUGAAAAAGAAAGAGCAAAACAAGGAAAAUAUUGAACUAAUGUCGAAGUUCUGUUAGUGAUAGUUUUCUCUCUUUUCUUUUCCUGUAGUAUUUUGUCAAUGGGUUAUAAAAUCAUCCUUGGCAACAUCCUUGUCAACAAUCUCUAGUUCUUAACUACUAGUCUAUAUUGCUUGAGUAUAGUGACCGUGUUCAUUGAAAGUUUAUCACUAAUCUUACUAGUGAAAGUGUGGAACCAUUUAUUAAUAGUUCCAAUAUACUCUUUGUUAAACAGAGGGAGUAUAUAAAUAA